GUUCCUGCUUGCCUACUUCUACAUAAAACACUUAUAUGAGCAGAACGGAAGAGAUCAAAUUUUCAAACAACUCGAAUACUAUUUAACCACUAGUAUAGACAACCCCCUCGACUUCACCUACAACCGUCUAGUGAAUGCUCUCCGUCGCCAAGCCCCAAAGUCUGUCGACUUGGGACUCAACGUUCUCAUAUGGCUUGUCAAAGCCCGACGAACGCUCAAAGUGCGAGAGUUACAAUUGGCAGUCUCCAUGUAUAUGAGACAUCGAAGAGGCAAACACUUUUACGAAAAAGACCUGCCUGAUAGGAAUACAAUAGUCGGUGCCUGUGCCAAUCUCGUGACGAUUGAUGAGAAUGAUACCAUCAAGCUUGUUCACUACACCGUCCAGGAAUUUCUGAUUAACAAUUCGAUACUCCCCACGGAUGCAGACUGGAGGAUUGCUCUUGCCUGUACUUCUUAUCUCUCACUCGACGUAUUUGCGCGGGGUCCAUGUGCUGCCAAUGGUGCUUUAGAUUCACGACGAGAGCUGCAUCCCUUUCACCAAUAUGCUUCCGAGAAUCUAUCACAUCAUCUGAAGCGCUGCGAUGAAGUUCAGACAACAGAUAUCGUUCUCAGUUUCCUCAAAGAGCCGGGGUGUGUAAAUUCAUACCUCCAGGCGCUUCACUGUAGAGCGCCGCCAACUAGCACUGAAAAAGCACUCGAGUAUCAUACUCAAUACCCUAAGCAGCAAACAUUGCUCCACAUUGCAGCUACUCUCGGACAUCUCUUUGUGACCCAGAAGUUACUGCAGAAAAACAGCACUAAAAUCAACGCUCCCAAUGACGACGGAAAAACAUCGAUGUUAAUAGCCGCGAUAGAGGGUCAUGAUAAAAUAGUAAAUCUUCUGCUCCAAAAGGGAGCUGACCCCUCGAUCUCAGAUAAGCAUGGUAUUACCCCGCUGCAUGCAUCGAUAUUUCACGACCAAAAACCUAUGUUUAUGUUAUUACUCGAUAAAGGUGUCGAUCCAACUAUUCCAGACCGUGGAGGUUCUACACCACUUCAUUGGGCGGCUUCUCGGGGGCUGGAAAAGGAAAGUCGUAUUCUGAUUGAGAAGGGUGCAGACAUUAAGGAUAGAGACGACAAAGGAAGGCUGGCGCUGCACAUUGCCGCUUCGCAUGGGCACGGAUCAGUAGUGCAGUUAUUACUUGAGAAUGGUGCCGAAAUAUCGGUUGCUGAUAAAACUGGGAAUACACCACUGCACAUGGCGGCAGAGUGUGGCCAUCGGGAUAUGAUCCAGCUACUCUUGCGUAAGGAUGCUGAUAUCACUGCUUUGACGAAUGAGGGGAAUACUGUGCUACACAGCGCAGCAUGUGGAGGGGAAGAGAAGGCAAUAUUAGCAAUAUUAGCAAUAUUAGCUAUACUCCCUGAUCAUGAACGUGGUAUUAGCAUUUCUACUGUGAAUAAUAGAGGAUGCGCGCCAUUGCACCUGGCAGCGUCCACAGGACGUGAAAAAAUAGUAAGAUUGCUUCUUGAACGUGGUGCCAAUGUCUCAAGCGUAGACAAGGCGGGGUGGACAGCGCUCCACCAUGCGGCCGAAAACGGACACGAAGCAGUAGUUCGGACCCUACUUGAAAAUCACGGCAAUCCAUCCUCUGCAGAUAAAGAUGGAAUCACUGUCCUUCAUCGAGCAGUUCUAUACAAAUCAACUGUCAAAUUAUUGCUAGAGAAAGGCGCCGAUAUCACAAAGGCGGACAAUCGCGGACGAACGGUGCUACACUGGGCAUGCGCUUUAGAAGCCCCAGGUGUAAUUAUUUUACUCUUGGAGAGAAAUGCGAGCGUGUCGCACCCAGAUGAUGAUGGACGUACAGCACUACAUUUUGCAGCAUUUGGGGGCCAUAAAUCUGUAGUUCAAUUGCUGAGAAAAGCGGGUGCCGAUAUCUCGGCUAAGGAUAAUAGAGGGCAGACAGCAUAUCAGGUAGCUGUGGCAAAAAAACAUGAUCUAAUAUUUGGUACUGCUUCUGCUGCUGAUAAUGGUGAUGAUGAUGAUGAUGAUGAUGAUGAUGAUGAUGAUGAUGAUGAUGAUGAUGAUGAUGAUGAUGAUGAUGAUGAUGAUGAUGAUGAUGAUGAUGAUGAUGAUGAUGAUGAUGAUGAUGAUGAUGAUGAUGAUGGCGAUUGUAAGUAUCUAUAG